AUGUUUACGAAGGAAAUUUUUUUGGACAUUCAGCAGACAGGGGGGGGUGAUGCUGUACCCUAUUCUACGGUUGCGUACUGGAUGGCUGAAUUUAAAAGAGGUAGAUCAAGCUGUAAAGAUGACCCGCGUUCUGGGCGGCCUUCAACCUCCGUUACAGAAGAAAAUGUCAAAAAGGUUGAGAAUCUGAUUUUGGAAGACAGAAGAAUGACUAUAAAACAUAUAGUUGAGAUCCUAAAGAUAUCUUUUGGUAGCGUUCAAUCCAUUUUAAUUGAUUCACUGGGGUUCAAAAAAGUGUCUGCAAGAUGGGUGCCACGAAUGUUAACCGACGAAAACAAAAAGCGACGUUUGGAAAUUUCCAAGCGUAAUCUCGAAAUGUUCCAGCAUGAAUCGGAUAAUUUUUGCCGUCGUUUUGUCACCAUGGAUGAAACGUGUGUCCACCAUUUUGAUCCUGAAACUAAAAGACAAAGCAUGUCUUGGAAACGGCCAUCCUCUCCAUCCAUCAAGAAAUUUCGAGUUGCUCCUACCGCUGGCAAAGUUAUGGCCUCUGUGUUCUGGGAUAGUGAAGGAAUCCUUUUUAUUGAUUACAUGCCAAAAGGCCAGACGAUUACUGGACCCUAUUAUGCAAAUUUAAUCCCGAAAGUGCGUGAAGCGAUUAAAGAAAAACGUCGUGGAAAACUGUCGUUGGGCGUGUUGUUCCUUCAAGAUAACGCUCCUGCUCAUCGAUCGGAAGUUGAGCUCAACGCAAUCCGCUGUGCUGGCUUCAAUCUCCUUGACCACCCACCAUAUUCUCCGGACUUAGCCCCAAGUGAUUUUCACUUAUUUCCAAAAUUAAAAGAGGAAAUUCGUGGAACAAAAUUUCACGAUAAUGACGCGGUUAUAGCUGCCGUAGAGUACUUUUUCGAGAGUCAAGAAAAUUUUUUUUUUCACAAGGAAUAA